AAUAUGUAAGAUUAUCACAGCACUGUCACCUGCUGGUUAUAACCAUUUUCUGGAUUCUUUUGGCAAACUUUCCCAGAGCUCAGGAGCACUCUGAGAGGAAGCACUGGGAGUCCGCAUGCUGGGACCAGAGGAACUUUCCCCUCCUCAGUGCAAGGGGACAAGAGGGCCAAGAAAUAAGACAGCAUGCUGAACUGUAUAACCAUUAGAAACAACAGCUGUUCCACAGUGCUGUCAAUCCAUGCAGGUAGAAAUAUGCUGUUUAAUUACUAUGAUAAUAAUAGUCUUUCCCUAGUGCUUAUCCAGCUCACGUGAAACCUCCCCUUAUAUGCAAAACAGGUUUGCAUUUAAAUGUCAGCUUGUGUAUAUAUGUCAGCUGCUAGCUUCUCCUGGGGAUCUGAGACAGCUGACAUUGUUGCUAAUAUAAAUUUUGCAGGUUGGAGACUAGUUGGUAAGACUGUGGUGAGCCUCCCUUUUGUCUAACCCAAUAGAAGUGCUUUUGGGGUUUUGUUUUUUUCCCUUUGACGUGACUUCCAGGAGACACAGAGUGAAAGAGCAUGAUGGCUUCGUUUCCUGUCUUGAAGCAAGAGACAUUGUUCCGGAAUGGUACCUGGAGCUAUCGAAUUCCAGCCCUGCUCUACCUGCCACGUUUCAGCAUCAUCCUGGCAUUUGCUGAGGAACGAGAGGAUGUGGUGGAUGAACAUGCCAAGCUAAUAGCAAUACGCAGAGGCAUGUAUGACCCAACGACACACCAUGUUCAGUGGAAUAGCAUGGAGACCAUUGUCAGUGCACAGCUGAAAGACCACCGAUCUAUGAACCCAUGUCCUGUUUAUGAUGAGGUCUCAGGGAAACUGAUCCUGUUCUUCAUAGCUGUCCCAGGAAAGAUCUCUGAGCAGCAUCAGCUCAGGACAAAGAUCAACCUGGUACGUCUCUGCUACGUCACUAGCAUGGACCAAGGACGCACCUGGAGCACUGCCCAGGAUGUCACCGAUAGUACCAUUAGCACUGAGUACAAGAACUGGGCCACUUUUGCAGUGGGGCCGGGUCAUGGAUUACAACUGCUCAACGAGGCCCGGAGCCUUGUGAUUCCUGCAUAUGCCUAUCGUAUCUUGGACCCUAGGCAACACCCCACCCCUCAUGCCUUCUGCUUCAUCAGCUCUGACCAUGGGACAACGUGGGAGUUGGGGAACUUCGUGGGGGAGGAGAGCGCAGUGGAGUCCCAGGUAGCAGAGGUGCACACCUGUGGCAGGAAGGUCCUCUACUGCAAUGCAAGGAGCAGUAGGGGAGCCAGAAUCCAGGCUGUCAGCUACAAUCACGGGGUGGACUUUGAGGGAGGCCAGCGGGUUGAAAUGCUAGUAGAACCUCCCUCUGGAUGUCAUGGAAGUGUUACUGCCUUCCCACCUCCCCCUGAUGCUAGAUGCCAAGACAGUUGGUUGCUCUACGCUCAUCCUACAGACCCAAAGGGUCGAAGAGAUUUAGGAAUUUACCUCAACAAAAGCCCUUUAAAUCCAACACACUGGACAAAACCAAGCAUCCUCUUUAAGGGCCUGUGUGCUUAUUCGGAUUUGCAGUACAUGGGGAUUGGGCCAGAUGGGUCACCCUUGUUCUCCUGCCUCUUUGAAUAUGGGACCCACCAACAAUAUGAAGAGAUAAUCUUUGUAAUGUUCACUUUGAAGCAAGCCUUUCCAUCAGAGUGCUGAGUCUUGAGCCUUUCCAUCAGCAUCCCUCUGGAAAUCACCUCUGCUGAUACUUCUUUUCAUUGUCACUUCUCAUCUUUCAGCAGAAGUUUUUUUUGUGUUCCUCCUGCACCCUUAGUUUGGCAUUGGCUUGUGGCGUCUAGAU